AUGGAGAACACCGGCAGCCGCCAGCCAGUGGGUCCCCCUGACUCUACAGACGGGGCUUCGGCAGCUGAAAUGCAGCAGCAGCAGCAGCAGCAGCAGCAGCAGCAGGGUUUAGCUGCAGGAGAGGCUCAUGGUGUGCGCGGUGCCGUCAAAUCGCAUGCUGCUGCUGCUGCAGCCACGCCGGCUGCUGACGCAGCAGCAGCAGCAGCAAAGCAUUGCGUCAAGGAUGAGAAACAAGUGCAUGCAGCAGCAGCAGCAGCAGCUAUAGGAUGUGCAGCUGCAGCAGAAGGCUCGGAGCCGUCGGAUGAGAAGGGGGGCCCUGCAGCAGCAAUAAAGAAAGAAGAAACAGCAGCAGCAGCAGACGGAGAUGCAGCAGCAACUGCAGCAUCCAAAGCUGCGGCUUCUCCAGCAGCAGCAACAGCAGCAGAAAUGCGCCCUAUUAAAGAGAAAGACGAGAGGGAUUCCGACAGCUCUGUUGUUUCUGCUUCUGCUGCAGCUGCUGCAGCAGCUGCUGCAGCUGCAGCAGCAGAAGACAGCGGUGAUAGCACAUCAACAGCAGCAGACGCAGGCGAGGAUGCAGCAGCAGCGUUGUUAGACGCAGCAGCAGCAUCUGCUGGUGCUUCUGCUGCUAGCACUAGCCCCAACAACAGCAAAACCAAAAGAAGCAACAGCAACAGCAGCAGCAGCAGCAGCAGCAACAAAAGGAGGAAGCGGUGGGGCCCCGGGCUUCGUGUGAAUAUGCGCAGCAGCUGCGACAGCCGACUGCAGCCAGAGAUUGCUUUGCUGUCUUCAGCAGAAGAGAUAAAAGAUUAUAUGCAGCAAACAUUCUUGCCUCUGCUGCAGCAAGCGAGGCAGAAGCUGUGCAGACGCAAGCAGCAGCAGCAGCAGCAGCAGCAGAAGCAGCAGCGGAAGAAAACACCUCUGCUGCUGCAUCUUCAGGAAGACUCAGAGGAGACAGACGCACCCCGCGAAGCGUCUCUCGCAGCAGCAGCCGAGCAGCAGGAUCAAGAGCAGCAGCAGCCGCAAGAAGAAGAAGAAGAUGAAGAACAAGAAGAAGAAGAAGAAGAAGAAGAAGAAGAAGAAGAAGCAGACUACUUACACCCUGUGAAUGGGUUGCCGCUGCAGUGUAGGAGAGUUAAAUUAUAUGAAGUAGAUGGAGAGACAGGCAGCUGGGUAGACAAGGGGACAGGUCACUUCUAUGUUAUCGAAGGAGACACCCCGGGCCUUCCCGAGCGCCCUCCUGCUGCUGCUGCUGCUGCUGUUGGUGGUGGUAGUAGUGGUAGUGGUAGUCCUGCUGCUGCUGCUGCAGGAGAAGCAGCAGGAGCAGCAGCAGAGGGAGAGGGAAGUGUUGCUGCUGCAGGUGGCGGCGCGUGCAGCAACGAAGACAGCGUUUCUGCUUCUGCUUCUGCGGCAGCAGCAGCAGCAGCAGCAGCAACAGCAACAGGAGCAGCAGGAGGAAGCCGUUUGAUAGUGGAGGCUGAAGGAAAUGAAGGGUUUGUUGUUGACACUGUAAUUUGCUGCAACUGUCUCUACCAGCAUCAGAAAGACAGCAUUAUUACGUGGCAGGAGGGGUUCAAAGGAGACAGUUACAGAGCUCUCUCUUUUCAGCAUCCCCACGGGUGCUUCGCUCUGUGGAGUUAUAUUUAUUUAGUGUCUCCUGAGAACUGUGCGGGCAGCAUGAGCGAUGAAGAAGAAGAUGAAGACUUAGAGACAGAUGCCGCUCUUCAUUCUGCUGCUGCUGCUACCUCUUCCACAGCUGCUGCUGCUGCUGCUGCUGCAGGAGAACGAGCAGGGAUUCGGGGGGCAGCUAAUAAUAAUAGUACUGCUGCUGCUGCUGCAGGGGAUGGAGACCUCCCGCUGCUACAAGGAGACAGCUUUUGGGGUGAGCAGCAGGAAGGAGACAGAGCAGGAAGCAGCAGCAGCAGCAGCAGCAUCUCGCCUCCAACUGUCUCUUCUCUACCGCUGCUGCUGCACAGAGUAGAGUACGAGCUUCAUCAUCCGCAUCUUUGCGUGCAGCUGCAGCAGGAAAUAAUAAAUAGACAGUGGCUGCGCUCUUUCUUUAGGCUUAUGCAUCAGCUUAUUGCGGAUUUAGAAGAUGAGUCUCCUGCUGCAGCAGGAGGAGCAGCAGCUGGAGCAGGAGCAGCAGCAGCAGCAGCGCCCUGCAGCAGCGACGACCCCGCGCGGCUCAGCAAGACAGCAGCAACAGAGACUGCAGCAGCAGCAAACAGGAAAGGCGGAGACACGGAGUGGGAGUUGAGAAGCAGCAAAGGAGACAGCAGCAGCAGCAGCAGCAGUAGCAGCAGCAGAAGCGAGCGUAGUGUAGAGAAGAAAGCAGCAGAAGCAGCACUGCAGCAGAUGGCGCUGAUCCUGCGUAAGCUGCUGGUAGGUUGUGCCGGCUAUGCGGAAGUGCUGCAGCUGCUGCUAGACGAUGAGUUUUGGCUGCAGCUGCUGCAGUGUCUGGAGUACGAACAAGAUCUGCAGACGCAGCAAAUGCAGCUGCCUCACACUCAAUUCUUUCAGAAGGUGCAGUUUCACCAAGUUCUUCGCCCGCAAACAACAACAAUAACUGGCAGCAGCAGCAGCAGCAGCAGCAGCAGCAGCAGCAGCAGCAGCGGGAGAGGUAGCGGGAGCGAAGGAGGCAGCGAAGCGCAGCAGCAGCAGCAGCAGCAGCAGGAAGGUGCUGGUUUGGGUCGUGGGAGAGACGACAACGAUGAAGCAGAGGAGGAGCAGCAGGAGCAGGAGGAGGAGGAGGAGCAGCAGCAGCAGCAGCAAGAAGAAGAGUUUCUUCAUCAUGUUCAUUUUCAUUAUCGGCUGAUGUACCUGCGUGAUGUUGCACUUGCACGUUAUGUUGAUGAGGCAUCAAUUGCGCAGCUUCAAUAUCUUUUAAACUCUAACGGACAUUCUAUUAUAUCUCUGCUUUGUCAGUCUCAGCAUUACUCUCUGACGCCUUCUCCUGCUGCUGCUGCAGCUCCUGCUGCUGUUACUGGGCCCAGACGCGCAGCAGCAGCAGCUGCUGCUGCUGCUGGGGCAAGCGGUGGUGAUGGAGAUGCAGCUGCAUGCAGCAGCAGAGGCAGCAGCAACAGCAGCAGCAGCAGCAGUGCGCUGAGUUUAUUAAAGAUGAGGCUUGGAGAGGAUUAUUAUUGCUUGUUGUUUGUCCGAGAGUUAUUGUCUCUGCUGCAGCGGCUAAGCAAUGCUCCUGCUGCGCUGCUGUGUAUGUCUCCUUUUGCUGCUGAGUGCGGGCCUAGGGGGUUGAGAGGCUCCGGCUACUCUGUUUAUAAUCUGUCUCUUCAAAUCAGAGACACAGGUUUGCUGCUGCAGCUAAAGGGAUAUCUAAGAGGGGACGCAGCAGCAAACCGCAUGUGGCAGCAGCUUAUCCUCCCUCACAACAAGCAGGCUGAGGAGGCUCGCGCUGCUGCUUUGUCUCGGCUGCUGUCUUCUCCUGAUGUGCUGCACCGCCCUAACCCUCUGAACUUUGAAGGGUUUGUCUACCCCGACCCGAUAACAGUUGCUGUUGAAGUGCUGCAGCUGUUUGCGGAGACUAAUCCCCCUAUACUGCGACAAAUACUCUUCAUGGAGAAGGCCCAGCAGCAGCAGCAGCAGCAGCAAAAACGGCAGCAGCAGAAAUGGCAGCAGCACCAGCAGCAGCAGCAGCAGCAGCAGCAGCAGCAGCAGCAGCAGCAGGAGCAGGAGUAUGAGGAGGAUACUGAGAGUAAGCGGGAAGAAGACGAUGAUCAGUUGCUGCUGCUGCUGUGUGGGGUGCUAGAGACAGGACAAAGUGAAGCUGUUCAAGUAAUGAUAAAGGAGAUAUUAAUUCGAGUUGUCUGCGGAGUUAACAUGGAGUUACCUGAAAAAGACGAAGUAGAUCAGCUCUUCUUCGAUGGCGGCGUCGUUGAUUUGCUGCUCAAACUCCUCUACAAACCCUACCACCACUCAAUGACGCAACGUAACAAUCGUUACACUCAGCCUGCUGCUGCUCCUGCUGCUGCUCCUGCUGCUGCUCCUGAUGCUGCUCCUGCUGCUGCUGCUGCUGCUGCUCCUGAUGCUGCUCCUGAUGCUGCUCCUGCUGCUGCUUCUGCUGCUGCUCCUGCUGCUGCUUCUGAUGCUGCUCCUGCUGCUGCUCCUGGUGCUACUCCUGCUGCUGCUCCUGAUGCUACUCCUGAUGCUGCUCCUGCUGCUGGGGCUGGUGAUGGUGGUGUUGAGCAGCAGCGGCUGCAGCAUGCGAAGCAGAUGGUGUUGGAGAUAUUCUCUCAUUGUGUGGCAGUUCACAGGCAUCGCUUUAAGCUGCGCAUUCUUAGGGACAGCGUACCUCUGCGCAGUCUCCUCGCUGCUUUGCAGCCGCAGUUUGAUAAAUUUUUGUCUCUUUAUGCUGUCAAGUUCCUAAGGGCGUGCAUCACCAUGAAGGAUCCGUACAUCGACAAACAUUUGAUUAAAACAAAAGUCCUCAGACCCCUCGUCUGGAUGCUGAAGGAAGACUUUUUGUCUCCUUUAUCAUCUUCGCGUCGUCUAGGGGGUUCUUUGCUGUCUGGUGCUGUUCUUGAGUGUCUCUCUUGUCUGUCUCCUCCCGCUAUGCCUCUGUCUCCUGCUGCUGCUGCUUAUUCUUCUGCUGCUGCUGUUAAUCAAGACUCUUCUUUAAUAGCCUUUCUGUUUGAAGACCCCCUCACUUCUGCUUGGCUUGCGCAAAUCGAUGCUGCUGCCACCAAAGCCAGAAAAAACCCCUGUCUUGUACUACGCGACUUGCGAGUAUUUUAUUGUAGAUGGCGUGCAGCAAGGAGACAGGAGACACUCGGAGACAGCAGAGAAUUUACUUUAAAGGAGACAGAGCACCAUAAAGCAGUUAGCAGCUUAGGCAGACUCAUCAGGACAGACCCCCACCGGCAAGCCAUUGAUGAUGAUGACUCUUGGUUCUUUAACGUUAAGGACGACGACUCUUCUACAGACACCACAACACCGGCACGAGGGUCUCGCCUGUCUCUUGUUGAGGGUUAUGAUGACGAUGAGGAGCAGCAGCAGCAAGACAGCAGCACGGGCACUGAUCUGUGGGCUGGUGGCAGCAGCAGCAGCAACAGCAGCAGCAGCAGCAACUCUGCAGCAGCAGCACGGCUCAAGGUCACCAGGAGACGCAGACGCAGGCCCAUGCGUGGCGGCAACGAGAGCAGCAGCAGCAGCAACAGCAACAGCAGCAGCAGUAGCAGCAGCAGCAGCGACGAGGACAACCGCCCCCUGCCUAAGCCGUUACCUCUCUCGAGCCCCGGUAGCAGCAGCAGCAGCAGCAACUUAGCUUUGGAAGGUGAAGACACAUCUCUCUUCAGUGUAUUCCCUGAGAAGGCUUCUGCUGCUGCUGCUGCUGGCGGUGCUGCUGCUGCUGCUGCUGGCGGUGGGGGCCCUCUCUCUUCCCGUGCUGCACCAGGCGCAGGAAGACAAAAGAGACGCAUCGCAGUCAAGAUAGGCAGCAGCAGACCCACCUCCAGCGAUGAGGACGCCGGUCCAGCCAGAGACCGCCCUAGCAGCCCCAGCAGCAGCAGCAGCAGCAGCAGCAGCAGCAGCCCAAGCAGCAGCAGCCCAAGCAGCAACAACAGCAACAGCAACAGCAGCAGCAGCAGCAGCAACAGCACCAGAAGAAGCCCCACGUCGUCACCAGAGGAUGCGGAGGCAGGUGCGGCAGCAACAGGAGCAGCAGCAGACGUUCGCAGCAGCAGAGAGCAAACCAGGGGCGAAGCUUUCUCGUGGGGAGACGAAGCAGCAAACGACAGCAGCAGCAGCAGCAAAGAGACAGAAGGAGACGGCGCAGCUCUUUCAGAUGGUGUGGAGCUGCUGCAGCGCGUGCUGCAGCAGGCAGGCGUUAAAAGAGGCAGUGCAGCAGCAGCAGCAGGAACAGCAGCAGCGGCAGCGCCGGAAGCAGCAGCAGCAGAGCAGCAAACUGCUGCUGCUAAGAACGGAGACACGUCGCAGCUGGACCUCCUCAAAGAUCUCCUCGAGGACGACGCCGAGGAGGAGACACCUGCUGCUGCAGCACCUGCUGCUGCUGCUGCUGCUGCUGCUGAGGCAGGGCCAGCAGAGAGCAAGAGGAGACGCAUUAGCUAA